AUGGGCCCGUUUGACAUUUACUUUGCUUCCUCACUUGUGACCUAUCUUCCAACGUUAAAAGUCUUGAGCCUCCGUUGCUCAAUGCUAUAUAAGGACACGUUGAUCUGCAUCUUGGAUAAUCUGCGAUGCCUAGAAGUGCUGAAUAUAUCCCAUUGCCUUCUAAUAGAAGUCCCACCACCUCCUGCACCAAGAAGAAUUGUUAGGCAGCUUGAUAAAACCAUCCUGGAGAAAGCUUCUCGGUUACGCGAAUUCUUAACCUGCAUGAGAGACACUUGCAUCAUGUGUCAACGGACAAGAAAUGACGAAGGGCUCAUGCGUUGGUACAAGUACAAUGAAGGGCUUUGGAAGGAAGAUGAGGAACAGAAAAAGACAACGUUUAAGUCACUAAGGUCUUUCUGUCUAUUUUGUGUUAGUUGUGGUGAUAAAAAGCCAAACUCUGGGUAG